AUGGCGCGGAUGGUUAGAAGAAUGGUGGUGGUGUGCGUUUUGAGGCCAAAGCGCUACAGAGGCUGUCAAAACUCACAUAAAACUCACAUGCAGCAAGUUUGGAGGUCCUGUGAUUUUUGCAGAAGACGUUAA